UCAUCAAGCUGAAGUGCCAAGCCCUUUCUGUCUGAGUACUGAGAGCCUGUCCUCCAUGUUUUAUAAGUAUUGACAUAACACUGUGUUAACAAUGCAUCCACAGAGCUUAGCUGAGGAGGAAAUAAAAGCAGAGCAGGAGGUGGUGGAAGGGAUGGAUAUCUCUACUCGAUCCAAAGAUCCUGGCUCUGCUGAACGCACAGCACAAAAAAGGAAGUUUCCCAGCCCUCCACAUUCCUCCAAUGGCCACUCCCCACAGGAUGCAUCAACAAGCCCUAUAAAAAAGAAAAAGAAACCUGGUCUAUUGAACAUUAAUAACAAAGAGCAGUCAGAACUAAGACAUGGUCCGUUUUACUAUAUGAAGCAGCCACUCACCACAGACCCUGUUGAUGUUGUACCACAGGAUGGACGGAAUGAUUUCUAUUGCUGGGUUUGUCAUCGGGAAGGCCAAGUCCUCUGCUGUGAACUCUGUCCUCGGGUUUAUCAUGCUAAGUGUCUGAAACUGACAGCGGAACCAGAGGGGGAUUGGUUUUGCCCAGAAUGUGAGAAAAUCACUGUAGCAGAAUGCAUAGAAACACAGAGUAAAGCUAUGACAAUGCUCACCAUUGAACAGCUAUCAUAUUUACUGAAGUUUGCACUACAGAAAAUGAAACAGCCAGGGACAGAGCCAUUUCAAAAGCCAGUUUCACUGGAUCAGCACCCAGAUUAUGCAGAAUAUAUCUUUCAUCCAAUGGACCUUUGUACGUUAGAAAAGAAUGUUAAAAAGAAAAUGUACGGUUGCACUGAAGCAUUUUUGGCUGAUGCCAAAUGGAUUUUGCACAACUGCAUUAUUUACAAUGGGGGAAAUCACAAAUUGACACAAACAGCAAAAGUCAUCAUCAAAAUCUGUGAGCAUGAGAUGAAUGAAAUUGAAGUAUGUCCGGAAUGUUAUUUAGCUGCUUGCCAAAAACGAGAGAAUUGGUUUUGUGAGCCUUGUAGCAAUCCUCACCCUUUGGUCUGGGCUAAACUCAAAGGCUUUCCAUUCUGGCCUGCUAAAGCACUGAGGGAUAAAGAUGGGCAAGUUGACGCCCGUUUCUUUGGCCAACAUGACAGGGCCUGGGUUCCAAUAAAUAAUUGCUACCUCAUGUCUAAAGAAAUUCCUUUUUCUGUGAAAAAGACUAAAAGCAUCUUCAACAGUGCAAUGCAAGAGAUGGAGGUUUAUGUUGAUAACAUUCGUAGAAAGUUUGGGGUAUUUAACUACGCACCUUUCCGGACACCAUAUACUCCCAACAAUCAAUACCAAAUGUUAUUAGACCCUGCAAACCCAACUGCUGGAACUGCAAAGACAGACAAACAAGAGAAAAUCAAACUGAACUUUGAUAUGACAGCAUCACCCAAGAUUCUAAUGAGCAAGCCUAUGCUGAGCAGUAGUACCGGUCGUAGGAUUUCACUGACGGAUAUGCCACGGUCACCAAUGAGUACAAACUCAUCAGUGCACACUGGAUCUGAUGUUGAACAGGAUGCGGAGAAAAAAGCAACUUCCAGUCAUUUUAGCGCGAGUGAAGAAUCCAUGGACUUUAUUGACAAAAAUACAGCUUCUCCAGCUCCAACAAGAACGGGUCAAGCAGGGAGCUUGUCAGGCAGCCCCAAACCUUUCUCUCCUCAAGCUUCAACACCAAUUUCUGCUAAGCAAGAAAGAACUUCCACUCCAGGAAGCAUUCUGAAUCUUAAUCUUGAUCGUAGUAAAGCUGAAAUGGAUCUGAAAGAGUUGAGUGAGUCAGUCCAACAACAGUCCACCCCUGUGCCACUCAUUUCACCAAAACGGCAGAUACGUAGUAGGUUCCAGCUUAAUCUUGACAAGACAAUAGAGAGUUGUAAAGCGCAACUUGGAAUAAAUGAAAUAUCUGAAGCUGUUUAUACUGCAGUAGAACACAGUGACUCUGAAGAUUCAGAAAAAUCUGACACCAGUGACAGUGAAUAUAGUGAUGAGGAUCAGAAAUCAAAGAAUGAUCAAGAAGAUGGAGAGGACAAGGAAGGUGCAAGAAGUGACAAAGAAUCAUUGACAUUGAAAAAAAAACCUAAGCCCCUAUCUCAGAAUGAAGACAAGGAAGAACUUAAAUGCACAAGUCCAGAAGUGGAGAAAACAGAUGAUUCAGUUAAAGAAAAGACAAUUACAGAUGCUGAAAAAGAAUUUUCUGAAAAGGGAAAAAGUUUGCAACAUCCUGCAAAAGAAAAACUGAAAGGUAAAGACGAAACAGACUCUCCAACUGUGCAUCUAGGGCUGGACUCUGAUUCUGAGAGUGAACUUGUCAUCGAUCUAGGAGAUGAUCAUUGCGGGCGUGAAGGACGGAAAGCCAAGAAAGAGCCUAAAGAGCUGCCUUCUAAACAAGAUGUCGUAGGUAAAACUCCACCUUCUUCUAGUGCAAGCACUCAGCCUCCACCAGAAACUCCAGUACUUACCCGCUCUGCAGCCCAGACUCCGCCAGCUGGCAUAACAGCGACUACUAGUGCUACUUCUACUGUCAGUGCUCCAUCUGCAGCCACUGGAAGCCCUGUGAAAAAGCAGAGGCCUCUACUACCUAAGGAAACUGCGCCUGCUGUGCAGCGAGUAGUGUGGAAUUCCUCAAAUAAAUUUCAGACAUCUUCUCAGAAAUGGCACAUGCAGAAGGUGCAGAGACAGCAGCAACAGCAGCAGAGCCAGCAGUCUCAGUCACAGCAACCUCAGUCCUCUCAAGGGACAAGAUAUCAGACAAGACAAGCAGUUAAAGCUGUGCAACAAAAAGAGAUCACCCAGAGCACUUCUACAUCAACUAUAACCUUGGUUACAAGUAGUCAGCCUAUUUCUAUGGUUACCAGUUCUGGAUCUGCAAGUACACUUUCUUCUUCAGUUAAUACAGACUUGCCAAUAGCAACAGCUUCAGCUGAUGUGGCUGCAGAUAUUGCUAAAUAUACUAGCAAAAUGAUGGAUGCCAUCAAAGGAACAAUGACUGAAAUAUAUAAUGAUCUUUCUAAAAAUACCACUGGAAGUACAAUAGCUGAGAUUCGUCGUUUGAGGAUUGAGAUAGAAAAACUUCAAUGGUUACAUCAACAAGAACUCUCGGAAAUGAAGCACAAUCUAGAACUAACAAUGGCUGAAAUGCGUCAGAGUCUAGAACAGGAACGAGAUCGUUUGAUUGCUGAGGUGAAAAAGCAGCUGGAAUUGGAAAAGCAGCAAGCAGUGGAUGAAACUAAAAAGAAGCAGUGGUGUGCCAACUGCAAGAAAGAGGCCAUUUUUUAUUGCUGUUGGAAUACCAGCUACUGUGAUUAUCCCUGCCAACAAGCUCACUGGCCUGAGCAUAUGAAAUCCUGCACACAGUCAGCUACUGCAACACAGCAAGAAACAGAUACUGAAAUUAGCACAGAAACCUUAAAUAAAUCAUCCCAGCCCAGUUCGAGUGUGCAGCCUGCACCCACAGAAACAGCCAGCGUCCCUAAGGAAAAGGAAGGUUCAACCGAUAAAAGCAAAGAGAGUGUUACAAUAGCAACAGGUGUGACAAGCAACCAGCCUAUAAAACUGGUCCAGGUACCGCAGACCACCACCUAUAUUCCAACUACUCAACCCACAAUUACCAUUCCUGUAGUGGUAAGUCCUUCUGCUGGGACAGUGGCAAUGAGAACUGGAGUUCAGUAUGUUCAGACCACAAUGCCAGUCCAAGUACGAAGAGCCUAACUGCUAACAAGAAGUCCGUACAAUUGUUGGAAUAAAUAAAUCUGUCUAAUAGAAAUGUGAAAAAUAAACACAGUUCUUUGGAUUAACCUCAAAGGUUCAGACUUUAGCUUUGUAUAUGUGUACAAAGCAUUUACUACACUACAUUAAUGUAAAGCAUUAGUGCUGGCUUAAAAAAGCAGAGGACAGGUAAGAUCCAUGUUAAAUCUAUGCUUCUUCUGUAAAUAAUGUACAAUUUGUGGAUGUCAUUAAAGUUAGAGUACCAUCUCCUUUUUAUAUUUGUAUUGACUUUAACUUAUAAAGAGUGUUUGAAGUUGGUAAAGGAAGGUUUAAAACAGCCUUAUCACAUGCUAACACUGAAAACUGGUCUUGGGAAAUUGCAGUUGUACAUCAAAUCACUUGAUGUUUGGUAAUCAGGAGAAUGAACAACAUGAUUUGCAUUUGGAUUGAGAACAAUUUCUGCACUUUGAAACUCUUAAAAUUUCUUUUUGUGCAACCAAAUGAUGAAGUGUAUCUGUUCAGUUAAUUGUCUUAGGCAAAUUAUGACAUUUCCAAUCUGUGGACCUGCAAGACAUAAAGAGGAGUAUUUACCUUGUUUUUUUUACAAUGACCAGACUGUUAAAAUUUAUAUUGUUUACAGGAAACAAAUUAAAUUUAAUUCAGCCUAAUAUCAGAAAAGUUGGAAAGAGUAACACCAGCUGGUUGAUAGCAUGAUUUCUGAUCAGUGAUAUCAAAGACAAGAAAAGUAGAGCUUUUUCGUAUGCUUCACAGUUCAGUUUUCUUUUUUAAAAAAAUCAUCUAAAAAGGACUUUGAAAUGUUUUUCAAAUGGAACAAGAACUAGAUGUGGAGAAAAAUAUAGAUCAGGAAACAUGGGUAAAGGACUUUUGAUGCUGGGCCAGAGCAUGUAUUAUUUAUAUGAUGGAAUUUAUGUUUUUAUGUAAGCAUGAAACAGUACAGUAUGAGAGAAAGUAACCCAUAAAAAUGCUGUCUGUUACACUUAUACUGUAGUACCAUUUUGUAUGUUGUGUAAAACGAAAGCAUUGAACAAAGCAAAGGUGAUGUAUGUAUAUGAGAAAAUUAAUUGUAUGAUAUCAUUCCAGUACAUUUUGUUGUACAUUUUAGUCGUGUUGAUUUCUCCCAUUGUUUAUAAAAGAAUGCGGUUUGUACAGUCUCCAGCUAGUACCCAUAUUAGAGGGAAAAAAGUAUUAGAAAAAGAAAGCGAGAACAGAAUAUUCGUGAAUUGCAGUUGUGUCAAAAAUAGCCUAGCUGGCCUUAUUUGUGAAGCAUAAUUGCUUUUAGCAUAUGGAAGUAUUUUUUCACAUUUUCUUUGUAUAAAAUUUGUAUUAAACUUAAAUAUCUUUUUCGAUGAUUGUGUUUCUUUGUGACUGAUACAGGUGACACACACAAUAUGCUUUGGAUUUCUCCAGUUUUUCAAGAAA